AUGGAGGUGUUCGACGACGUGCAUUUCGUGCGUCUCCGUUGCCGGGUGCGGCGGACCAAGUACCUGGCCGCCGACGACGACGGGCGGGGCGUGUGCCUCUCCAGCCAGCGGGCCGCGCACAACACGGUGUGGGCCGUGCAGCCCGUGGAGGGCGCGGUGGAGGGCGCCGAGGGCGGGCCCUUCGUCCUCCUCCGCGGCGCCUACGGCCGCUACCUCUUUGCGACCGACGUCCAGGCAGCCAUGGGGCCCACCCACGGCGUCACCGCCGUGCAGCACGGCCGGCUGCACCCCAACACGCCGCGCGGCAUGCUCUGGCAGGCCAUCCGGCGACGCGCCUCCUUCGUCAUGCGCAGCGCCGCCGGGAGGUACCUCCGCGCCAACGGAAAGUACCUCCGGUGGCGCGUCGCCGUCACCGUCGCCGGCGACGAUGGCAGCACCAUGUUGCAGUGGGCCGUCGAGGCCGUGCCCCUCCGGCUAGAGCGCCCCACCCUCAUCGAUCCCCCGCCACAGCUGAUGCGGCGGCGGGGCGGCCCGCCGACGGAGCAGGAGGUGUCGCGGCAGAUCCGGUACGUGCGCGCGGGCGCCGAUGGGGAGGUCGACGAGCAGGGGUGGCGGACGGUGCGGAUCAACACCAAUAGCCUCAUGCAGCUGCGGCUCACGCUGGCCAACCUGCUGGGCCAGAACAGGUCGGCGCUCCACACCACGCUCUGCGUCCGCGCCGGCGCCCACGCCGAGCUCUCGCCGCUGCUCAUCGACCUGCCCAUCAGCAACGAACGCGUCGACAUCGUCAUCAUCACGCACGGCACACCAGUGGACAACUCAUUGGUGUACCCAAAUGUCGAUGCUGUGGAGUGA